AUGGAACAUGAUAUGUUCUUCAAAUUAGUGCUCAUAGGAGAUUCAAACGUCGGAAAAACAAGCAUUAAUCAUCGAUUCUGCGAAGGCUCAUUCGAGGAAAUUUUUCCAUGGAAUCGUGAGUGAAAAUAGCGCAGCUUAUUCUGCAAUAAAUCUCUUCAUAAAAAGUUAUCGAUUUUUUGUAAUUUCAGAUCUAGAUUUCAAAGUCAAGGCAAUUGAGAUGAAAGGAAAAAAAAUCAAAUUAGGAAUUUGGUGAGAUUUUUUUCUGAAAUUAAAAAUGUUUACAGAAAAUGGAAUUUUUUAGAAUUUAUCACAUCAGAAGUCACAUUUUGAAAUUCGGAAAUCAACAUAAAAAUUACAUAUUUUGAGCUGAAAAUUUGCAAAACUCCGAUUUUUCAUCAGAAAUCCAGGUUUCAACAGAAAAAAGCACAAUGUUUGUUUUUGCAGGGAUACGAUUGGGUCCGAACGUUUCGUUUCAUUUUCAACAUCAUAUUGUCGACAUGCAAAGGGAAUAAUUUUGGUAUAUGAUGUUACAGACGAGGAAACUUUUGAUAAUAUUGAGGAAUGGUUAAGACGGAUUGGCAGCGUAAGAGUUUCUGAAGGAAAAAUGAAGGAAAAUUGACACGAUGGGUUUUUUUUAGCUAAAAAUUGAAUAUUCUGUGUCAAGAUUCAGCUCCUGGGCUCAGAAAUCCAUUUUUUCUAAAAUUUUCAGCAAGCAUCGAAAGAUGUGGUGAAAAUGUUGGUGGGAAACAAAUGUGAUUUGACUGCUCAAAGAGUUGUGAGCAAAGAAAGAGGCGAAAGACUUGCACGAGAUCACCAAAUGAUGUGAGUUUGUUUUCUAUUUUAUCCGAAAAUCAAAAAUUUGAACAUUUCAGAUUUCACGAAAUAUCGGCAAAAAACAAUGUUAACGUCGACACCGCAUUCAAUGAUUUGGUUGCUGCAAUCUUAGAAAAGGUAAGGAUUUUUGUAGGAAAAACACGCUACCAUUUUUAUUUUUUGGCCCCAUAUCCGAAAAAUAAAUUAUUUUCAGAUUCCCGAAUUAUCAGACGAGUGGGUCGUGGUAGAGGAAAACGUCCCACCGGAAAAAUAUUGUUAA